UGCAUGAUUGUUGUUUCCCUCUUUCUCGCUCCGGUCUGUCCUGCUUGGUGGACCGGUUCAGAUGUAGAUGGAGAGAUUCUUCAGUCGGUCGCACGAGUUCUAGCGCUUCAUGCUACUCUAGCUACCAAACCCGAUCAGCUCAAGAAGCAUAGCACGAGCCACGUGUCGGUGGUGCUGAUGGCGAGGCACUACUAUCUCGGCCUACUGUUCUGUAAUUAUUGGAUCAUGUCUAGGAAGUCAGCAGUUGAACUUGAAGUGUCUACCUAGUAGUACCUCACACAAACUAACUAACGUGUUACUUACCUGCACAACAAUCAUGUCCAAAAAAGGGGGGAAGAAAGCUGGGGCCAAUGCCCGCGCUGUGCCGUACCAGCUACCGUCCAAACACGCGGCUCCUCCUGUUGAGUUCGAGGAUAUGGAGACCGAGGAGAUUGAGUCGCUCCCAACCUAUUCAAAGAAGACAGCAGCCUACCAUUAUCCUGCACCGUCCAAGUCGAAACUGGCUCAUCCAUCUAGUCCUGCACAAGUGCGCCAAUCAUCCAAGGUGCGCUCGGGUCAUGAUGGUUCUGCGUCUGUACGAACCGGUGCCAGCACUGCGCUAACCAGUCCAGAAGAUCCAUGGCAUCAUCCCGAGUUCCCGCGAGACGGUAUCCUGAGCAUAAGCCCCGUGCAGUUACGGAACCAGUGUGCCGUGGCCGGUCUGAUAACGACAGAGGAGCUGCUGACCCUGGAGCGCCGCCAAGCCAGCCUGGGCCCGCUAGCCCACAACGAGCACUUGCUCUCGUUCUUGCAGCACGGCGGUGGCGCAGCCUACGCCAAGUUCCUGCCCGUUCUCGGUAACCUUGGUUACAUGCACCUGCGUAGGAAGCUGGAGAAGCUGCUGCCGGCCAGGCACCAGGCACAUUCGUCAUCGGCAUCGGCGUCGACAUCGGAAGUCAUGAGCACUGCUGAGUUUGCAAAGCGGAGGACUGAAGUCGAUGAGUUGUUCCCACUCCCAUCAAAGGACAACGUGGAGGAGCUGGAACUUGAAGUCACUGAAGCUUCGGAUAAACCACCACGUACUAUACGGGGCAGGAAGCGAGAUGAGACAGCUGAAACAGAACUUGCUAGGCAGUUUGGGUUGGUGAAGAAAGAACCGCUGGCUGGUACGGGCACAUCGCAGACAGCAGCUCCGAAACCAGCUCCGAAACCAGCCCCAAAACCAGCCCCAAAAUCAGCGACGCCAGUGAGUAGUGAGCAUACGACGGUGACUCGCCAGCCACUACAGGAGCCACUUGGACAGCACGGUAUUGAAUGGUUAUCCAAGGAGUUGGGCCAGCUUCGCAACGAGAAGGUGGAGAAGUGGUGGACUGUGAUGUUGCCAAAGUGGAAAUUGUCCAAACCUGACCAAGAAUCCAUUGCCAGACUUCUUAUAGACCCGGCCACAUCCAACAAGAAGCGUGUAGCACGUGCUCUCCGUAUUCUUGUCGAUGCUCAUGGUGAUCAAAUUACCAACCAGCACAUGUUGGACAGUCUAUGGGAAGGCGAGCUGCACAACACCCGUCUUCGCUUCCGUGGCUUUGUGGGAGGUACUCACACCACCAGUAAGCCGAAGGAAAGAACUGCCGGCUCAGGUCUCCGAGGACCCAUCAUGCCAGUGCAGCGCAGUGAACUUCCUUCAGAGAUCUGUGGGCUUCGGCGGCGACAGAUUCACCAGCUCAGUGAGCUACUGAACGCCGAGACGAACCCUCGCACUCGUUACAACUGGAAGGAGCUCGCACGCAGGCUGCACUAUGACUAUAAGCCGGCGCCGAACUCGUUCAGAGAUGCCAGUGAUCCCACCCUCGAGCUGCUGCUGCACUGGCACACGCACCAUCGCGGUGAUCUAGAGACGCUGCGCAAGACACUUGCGUCCAUUGAGCGCCCUGACUGCGUGAAGAUCUUGCCCAUACCGUUGCACUCCUAUUCAGGGAAAGUCGCAACGCAGGAGAGUGAUCUCAGGAUUGGAGACAUGCGUGCAGAUGUGAUUGAUUCGCUGUGUCAAGUGCUGUAUCGCAAGUCCCACUUCCAGAACUGGUACGCACUUGGACUCUGCCUCAAGGUGCCGGAGGAGACUCUGAAGCUGCUCGAGAAAGAGGGAAGCAGAGCCCCUCAGUUGCUGUUCGCACGUCUUGGUAGUCGAUCCAGUGACGGCGCUGCAGGAUCUGGCAAGCAGAAGCAUCUCUCCUGCACUGUCUUUGAGCUGUAUAGAGCUUUGCUAGCCAUCAAUCGACAGGAUGUCGCCGAGAUGCUGGAUGACUUGGUUCCGGAGAAGUCCUUCAAGGACCUGAAAGUGGACCCCAGUCCCCCGGAGAUACACCUCCAGCCCACGGCAUGCGACAUACCACCAGGCUCGGCCGCCCGGCUGGUGUGCUUUGGCAGUGGGUACCCGGUGAUCCGCUACCAGUGGCUGUGCAAUGGUGAGCCACGGCCAGGCGCCACGCAGCACCGCUUUGUCACGCACCGGCCGGGCAAGUACAGCUGCCGCAUCUCCAACGACUUGACGUCGGUCAUGUCACUGACCGUUACCGUCUCGCAGGCAGCUCCAGAUGAGAUAGUGUCGCAGGGUACCAAUGCUGUGCAGACGUACACGAUCGCGUUGAGCGAGGGCAGUAUCUGCACUAACCGAGUGCGUGUGAUGGUGAUCGGGCAGGACAGGACGGGCAAGAGCAGUCUGAUCCGCUCGCUACUCAAGAAGGCGUUUGAGCAGAGCGACAGCACGGUCGGCAUCGACAUCGCCACGGCAACGUUUUCGCUCACGUCCGGCGCUCUGGAGUACAAGUUCUCGGCCGAUGAUGCUUGCAUGUUUGUAGAGGAUGUGCACGGCGGAGAGAACUUCACACGCGGUGAGGUGGCACGGGCAGUGGCAUCGCACUUGCACAGCCGACAGCAGCAGGAGCAGCUGAAGGCCACCGAGUCCGAGGACAUGCCCAGUGCCCAGGAAGUGAUGGAGAAAGUCCGGACGGAAUCCGUUGCUUCUCAGCUAGAUGUGCACGCCGAAGAGACUGAUGGAAGUAGCGAAGAGCCGGCUGCUACUGAUGGCGGCAGUGGCGUUGAUGUGUUUGCUGGCCCCGAUGGGCCAGAGGAACAUGAACUGACCCGGCAGGAGGCUGUGGAGGAGUUUUCCGUCCGCACUGAUGAGCCGAUGUUGCUCGCGGAGCCCGACGGCAUUCCACUCGCGAAACCGGCGUCGCUGGAAGCUGGUGAGAGUCCAGAGUCUCAAACUGGAGGAGCUGGUAAACUAGCUCACAGCGAAAGCAUUGAGAUGACACCAGAGCUGCAGAAGAUGGUGUCGAAGCUCUUGGAGGAAGUUCAGGUGGACUGUGCAUCGGAGCAGGUGCUGGUGCGUAUCUAUGACUUUGCCGGUCAACCAGUCUACUACAACACGCACUCGGUGUUCAUGAGCGAGUCCGGUGUCUACCUGCUUGUGCACAACAUGGCCAAGAGCCUGCAGGGCGAAGCGCAGGUACGCUUCAGCGAGGAUGGCCACGAGCGCGUGAUCGACAAGGACGAGUUUCUGUCGACUAACCUGGACUAUCUGUAUAGCUGGAUGUCAGCCGUGUACACGGCUACUGGCAGUGCACUGUCGGGAAGGUCGCCGUUGAACAAUGCCGAUGCUGUUGUUGACGAUGGAGAAGAAACUGACGACAACUCUAGUCUGUCUGAUCCUGGUGCAGGAAGUAACACAUAUGUGGACCCACCUGUGCUAGUGGUCGGUACUCAUCGAGAUGAUGUGGCCAAACGCGGCCACCAUAUGCUCGCCAAAGCCAUCAUCGAGAAAAGCGAGGAACUGGACAAGCACCUGGGCAGCAAGGCAUACGGUCUGCACCUGAGCCGGCCGUUCUUUUUCGUCGACAACAGUGUGUCUGGCUCAGGCGUAGAAGAUCCUGAAGUGGCUCUGCUGCGCCAGUCCAUCCGCAGCCAUGCCAUGCGCCAGCCAGGUACCAGACAGCGCGUGCCCAUCAAGUGGCUCAAGUGUGAGCUGCUCAUUGAGAAACUGGUUCACCAGGAGCACGUCACUCACAUGAGCUUCAAGGACUUCCAAGCACUCGCGGCAAAGGUGGAGAUCAGGGAUCCAGAGACGCUGAGAACAAUGCUGGAGUUCUACAACCGCCUUGGCGUCCUGGUGUACUUUGGCAACAGCCCACAGCUACACAAUCUGGUUGUGCUAGACCCACAGUGGCUGGCCAAUGUCUUCAAGCAGCUCAUCACCGUUCCGCCAAUGGACGAGCUCAACCCGCAGCAGGCCGCGUGGUGGAAGUGCGUGACCGAGACCGGUCUGCUGCACGCCAACCUCGUCAAGGAUAUCUGGUCGGACGAGAAGCUGAGACCGCAGCGCUCCAAGCUGCUGGCCAUCAUGGCCAAGUUUGAUCUUGUGUGCCCGUUCCACACCAGCUACCGAGUAGAUGCCAACUUGGCCAUUGAUGGCAAGCAGUCCGUCAGCGACGAAGAGCGGGCAGAAGCCAUCGCAAGGUAUGCUCACUUGGAGUACGAUGAUCUAGGCGAUGCCGAGAAGGCACAGUUGACACCGUUCGCACCCGCUGGCACCGCUGCUGCUGCCGACGCCACUGCUGCUGCUGCUGCUACUGCUACUGCUGCAACUGCGUCCCCUGCUGCUGUGGCCAGUGUCAUGGGUGGUGGCAGCGGAGUUGGUGAGAGUGGUGCACAUGUUACCGACGUGCCUACCGGGGACAAGCUACCUAGGGAGGUCCGUAUCGCUGACGUAAACCCUGUUGAUCCUUUGCAAGUGACCGCUGCCGUGGAAUCUGAGGCUAAACAGCUGGCGCAGGAUGUUGCCACAAAUGAGUGCUAUGUGUCCUACAUGGUACCGUCUCUGCUGCGCGCCGAGCCGCCUGACUACGCUUUCUACAGGUUCAGUCGGCACGAUCCCGCGCCCAUCUGCUUGCUUUCAGCUAUCGGGUUUGUGCCAGAGGCCUUCUUCUAUCGCUUUGUGGCGCGCAGUGUUGCACGCUAUCCGGUCUGUCCGGACCUGUACAGGCGGUUUGCUCGCCUUCACAUCAACAAGGAGUUUGACUUGCUCAUCUUCUUUCACACGACCUGUGUAGAGUUGGUGGUGCAGUCAGCUGACGGCGAGGCAAGCCUGGGACGCGACACGGCUCGCCAGAAGCGACUCAAAGAGUGCUGCUCCAGUCUCAUUCGCAAGCUGCUUGGCGACGCAUCCGAGGUGACCCGCCAGGGCAUGCGCGGUCUCUUCUUCUCGCUGGCAACGACCGUCAAGACGGCGAGAGGCUGUCAGCGUGCGUACAUCACUGAAGAAGUCUGCCCGCAUCACAGCGCUCCAUUGCUUGCUUGUGCCGAGUACAACUGCAGGGGAUGCAUCGUGUCCAAGGAGGACAAGUGCGUCCAGCUACCCGAUCAGCUCAAGUUGAUACACUCCAGUGACCAAGAGCACGGCUCUGAGUCACCAGAAGCGGCCGACACCGUCCCUCUGCCCUAUGGCCUGGACUGUUGGUUUCAGGAGACUGCCAUUGUCGCCGCCACGCUGGACUCUGUCAACAGCGAGGACUUUGUUGAGGGCUACACAUGUCCGAAGAUCAUUAGUCAGCCAGAGAACACGGAGGUACGCACUGGUGACACAUUGGUACUGCACUGCUUGGCGCAGGGUACACCUAAGCCAAAGUACCAGUGGCGUAGAGGUGGACAGGACUUGCCCGGAGAAACCAACCCCGUGCUGAAGAUCAAGAACUUCUCCGUGGUGGCAAAGAGCAAGCACGGCAUCGCCAUGUUCCGCUGCUUGGUGCAGAAUGACGCCGGCUACCUGUACACACUGCCGGCAAAGGUCACCUGCCUUGUCAAGGGGCACCCGGUCAUUAAGGAACAACCCGAGCCCAUUAAACGUGUGAGAUUCUGUGCCGAGGUGGAUAUCGGGAUCAAGGCAGACGGUGAAGACCUUCACUACCAGUGGUUCUUCUACGACAUGGAGAUUCCCGGGCAGACUCAGGCCAAGCUGAACAUCAGCCGUGUGUGCGACUGGGACGAGGGGCAGUAUCGGUGCAAGGUGGAGAACCAGCACGGCUGCAUGCGCAGUAACAUCUGCCAGUUGUUCCUGAUUGGUGAAGACAGCUUUCCGUUGCAUGGCAAAAACCUGAAGGAUGCUCAGAGUAUUGCUGAGAAGACGCGGCACAACAAGAAAGGCAACGUUGAAGUGAAUGCCAAGGUCGCCCUGCUUAUCGGUAACCGUGACUACAGGGAGCAGCGCAAGCUCAUUCAUCCCGAGACUGAUGUUCUGGCGAUUGGACGAGCUCUGGAAGACCUUGGCUACAGGACACUGGUGUUUGUCAACCUGACGUUCCGGGAAAUGAUCGCCGCCAUCAAGACGUUCCUGAAGAUGCUCGGAGCGGGCACGUACGCUAUGUUCUACUACGCCGGCCAUGGCCUGGAGGACGAGACGAAAAACAAUUACCUGGUGCCGGUCGACUUGGACACCAGCAACAACCUGCGCAAGUGCAUACGCCUCGAGGCCAUCCACUACGAAAUGCAGAAAAGGAACCCGCGCCUGAUAACCAUGGUGCUGGACUGUUGCCGUACCAACCCCAAGCUGACUGCCAAGCAGACGCAGCGCUGCCAAGUUCCACUGGAGCCCUUUGCUAAUUAUGCCUAUCACUUCAGCUGUUCCUCUGCAAACACGGCUCUGGAGAGCAGGGCAGACACCCACAGUGUGUACGCAAUGAGCUUCCUGAAGCAACUACGACAAGCCAGGCAGCUGAAGAUUGAAGAUUUCUUCAGCCGCGUCGGUACUGAUAUGAUGGGCAGGAAUGCACAGGACAAGAAGGCCGGAUCAGCCGCAAUGCGGGCACAGCUGAACAACUGUCUGGCGUCAGCGGCGGAGUUGAAGUGGGGUGACGAGAUCAACAUGGCUAACAGGCAGUAUGAGCGCGUCGUCAACAGCCAUGAAGAUAUCUUGAGAGUGCCGCCCAAGGCUUUCCUGGACUGCGAGAAGUUGAACGCUUCCGUGGAGCUUUGCUUCUUCCGGCGCGUGGCUAACGUCUUGGUCGUGAGCACAGUGGUGGACAAGGAGAAUCGGGACUCGGUGAUUGCACAGUUCGACGUCAAGUAUUUACGAAGUCAAAACCUGGACGUGUUCACUGUGGACCUAGCUCCGCCAUUCCUCAAGCUGCUUGCACAGCUCUGCUGCUCCAGUCACGAGAAUGUCCUCUUCAUCUGUGGCAUCCAGAAACUUCGGAGUGACAUUCAGAUACGUCUCGCUGUGCGGCCUGUGCUUGCCAAUGCUACCAAGCCCAAACCGCUGACAUACACCGUCAGGCGCACGGACUUGGGAUCAAUGGUUAACCCCAAGCAUACUUAGGGUCUGUCUCCGUCUCCCGUCUUUUCUUCCUGGCUCUCACCGUCUGCCUGGUCAAGCUGUUAGCAGUGUCAAGACAAACUGCGACUGGCUUGACCUGGUAAGCUCCUGAGCUUUUCCAGAAGUACAGCAAAACGGUACCCGGUUUCUUUCUCACUGGCAGAGCUGAGAGCGUAACAGUGACCGUGGUGGUUGAGUGUGUUGCAAUGCUGUUGCAAUGAUGAUGCUGAUAGCUACUACAGCUCAGUUGAUGGCUGGAGUGGCAGUGCUGCUCGAUCACACCAUUUCACCAGCCAAAUCAUGGCAUGACCUGGCUUCAUCUCCGCCUCUGUGGUUUGUUCCACAGUUUGCUAUGUGUGGAUAUCCGUAGAAUGUAGCUGCUUUCCACGCAGCUGCAUCGGGCCAAUGUGUGCUAGUUCCCACGAGUCGAUAUACCCAGGAUCAUCACUGUUGGAGGUUUUUCUUCUUCUGUUGAGCAAAUAGUGUAAUGCUCUUGCAAGUGCACACCAUGUGUGUGUGUGUGUGUGUGUGUGUGUGUGUGUGUGUGUGUGUGUGUGUGUGUGUGUGUGUGUGUGUGUGUAUGCGCACGUGUGAUUGGCCGUCAUGCGACGGCUGGACCAGUACUGUGACCGGUAACCGUGGCCAAGGCUGGCUCCUUGGCUCGCUUGAAUCUCAACAUGUGACUGCUGCGUCACGUGGCAGUUAUGAGCUUUUUGGUCCUGUGCCGCUGCAUAGGUCACCUGUGUACAGUGUCCAGCAGUUCCGAGUGAAGCCAAACUAGACCAGACUUGCUCCAGUUCAGAGCAGCUCUGAUGCGCAAAUGCACACUUUCCUGAUUUUUAUGACGUGUUUUCUAGCGUCCUUCGCUAGUACUGACCACUCAGUACUAAUCUGUCAGUCUACUGACUGAGUGUCAAGCGAACCGUGAUUAUUAAUUAUUUUCUUUGCUAGUCACGGCUGAGAUGGUGCCUUGCCUUGUUUCAAUCCGACCUAUUCUGUUGCACUUGAAUGCGAGACGUUGAUGUUCACUGUACUAAAACGUAGAUCUGGUAUCAGAAAAGGAGGAUUGAUGCCUGCACUGAUAUACAGUGACUUGCCGCUGAAUAUCAUGGAUUAAAUCAUUCAUGAUACAUAAUUGUAUCUCCAGUGUUAUGCUUUGAAGUCUUUCCAUGCAUGUUCUCACACUGCUUUUAUACUUGCUACCCUGCAGAAUUUCUUUGAAAUUUUGUCAGAUUUUGCUCAUGGCCUUCUUUCUAUGUGAGGCCUUUGAGUUAGGUCUGAACAACACUGAAAGAAGAAAGUGCUCCAUUGUGGCUGGCUUGAUCAUUUUACAUUCCCGCACUUGUGAUCCAGACUUCACUCAACCAAAUACAUGUACAUGUA